UGAAAUAUGCUCUACAAAUAAAUUUGCUUUGACUUGCAGUUACUCCUCCACACCGACAGGGGCGGGGCCGCCGGUUGGGCGCUGUUCUCUGUCUCCGGCAUCCUUGGUGUUGAGUAAAGAGGAGGGGGACUUUCCUGCUCAAGUGAACACAUCGGCCAUUGAGGAUAAGUUGGAGGUACCAAAGCUAAAGGCGGCUAGUCCGAAAGAAGACAGUCUGUAAUUAAUAACAUAUUGGUACCUGUGGUUUCAUGCUCUGUUACAGCGGAUACGUUUGAGUCUGUCGGCGUGUGUGCUGCGCCAGGAGUCGGACGACAGUGUGUGGGAAAAUGCCUUCUUUUUCAUGGAGGGUUUGGCCUGCACUUGUAUUGCUUCUCUUCCCUUCCACUGUGGCUGCUGAAGAGUCAUCACUACUGGAAGGCUGGCACGAUGUCUGGCUCUUCCGCUUCCUCGUCAACAUGCUGGGAUACUGCACCAUCAUCAUCCCUGGCUACCUCCUCAUUAGCUACUUCAAGCGUAGCAAUUACUUAGAAACAGGUAGUGGGAUUUGCUACCCUAUCAUAAAGACCUGUGUGUUUGGCAGUGAGGCCAAAACAGGUCUGUUGGAUGACGUGUCAGUUGCACCCAGGAACGAGGGUGAUUCAGGCUCGUCAGUCAGACAGGUCAUCAAAUUAAUCUUUUGUUCUGCUGGACUUCAGGUAUCGUACCUGACAUGGGGAGUCCUGCAGGAGAGGGUGAUGACACGUUCGUACGGUGCCACGACGCCAGAAGACGAGGGUGAGAAAUUCAAGGACUCUCAGUUCUUGGUCUUCAUGAACCGUAUCCUGGCUCUGACCGUGUCGGGCCUGUGGUGCAUCCUGUUCAAGCAACCUCGCCACGGAGCACCCAUGUACAAGUACUCCUUUGCUUCGCUCUCCAACAUCCUUAGCAGCUGGUGCCAGUACGAGGCCCUCAAGUACAUCAGCUUCCCCACUCAAGUCCUGGCCAAGGCUUCCAAAGUCAUUCCUGUCAUGCUCAUGGGUAAGAUCGUCUCCCACAAGAGCUACGAAUACUGGGAGUACUUUACCGCCGUGCUGAUCUCAGUGGGUGUCAGCAUGUUCCUGCUGUCCAGCACGCCCAGUAAGCACCCGUCCACCGUCACCACUUUUAGUGGGAUCGUCAUCCUCAUCGGCUACAUCGUCUUUGACAGCUUCACCUCCAACUGGCAGGACAACCUGUUCAAGUACAAGAUGUCAUCAGUGCAGAUGAUGUUCGGGGUAAAUCUGUUCUCCUGCCUCUUCACCGUCGGCUCGCUGCUGGAGCAGGGUGCCUUCUUCGACUCGGUGGCCUUCAUGACACGCCACUCCGAGUUUGCCUUUCAUGCCGUGUUGCUGUCCGUGUGCUCAGCAUGCGGCCAGCUCUUCAUCUUCUACACCAUCAACCAGUUUGGUGCUGCAGUCUUUACCAUCAUUAUGACCCUGCGGCAGGCCAUCGCCAUUCUCCUCUCUUGUUUCCUUUACGGUCACGCCGUCACCUUAGUAGGUGGAUUUGGUGUUGCUGUAGUUUUCUUGGCACUUUUCCUACGGGUGUAUGCACGUAGCCGCAUGAAGUCAGGCCGCCGGUCAGCGCAGCCGCUUGGACAGAAGGUGUAGCACUUUAAAGUCGCACCAAAUUGAGAAUUGAGACCACGUUUUCUGUGGUGCUUUUUUGUCUAUUUGUGUGUAUCUGUUUGGUUGUUCUUUUUUGUGUUUUUACUGUUCUUUUCCAUUUGUUUUUAUAUUUGUUAGCAAUGGUACAGAAAGGGAUUCUGCAGUUUUGACUCUUACACCAAGAUGCCCCUAAGGGGUCCAUGUGAUUUGUCAGGUCAGCAGUCACAGACGUUUUGAGUGCCUGUAAGAUUGUCUAAUACAUGAAACCAUAAACUGUGUAAACUGCCUCUUCACCCCUUUCAGUUUAACAGUACAAUAUUUUUUUCCUGAACCACCGUACAUGGCUUGUGCAGCCAAAUAGGUUACUGUGACCCUGGAAAAUGUAUGUGAGCUGUAUGGCUAAGCGUUCAUUUUCAAGCAUUAAUGACAAUGCCCCUUACUCAACUUUACCCCAAAUAUUUGAACAAGACUGUCACCUUCUGUAAAGACAACACUUUCUAUCCGUUGAGGUACCUUCCGGUCACAAUAGCCAGAUGCUUAUCUCACAGUCCUCCAUGUUGGAGAGCAGGGGCCUUUAUGUGUCUUAAUGUGGGAUUUUAUCUAAACAUAGUCUGAACACAUGGUGCAUACAUUACUGUUUAAUUUAAGGUACAGUAUAUUACCAUGUUCCAGAGGCUACCAUCUGUAAUAGAGGGUGGUAAACAACAGUUUGUGUAAUAAAGAGUGCACUACUUACAAAUUGUAUAAUUUUGCCCCGACAUCACUGAAGCAGAUGCUGCUAUGGGUAGUUUUUGCAACACAUUACUUUAAGAUUUUUUUUUUGUUGUUGUUGUCUUCUCAACAUAGAUUUUACUUACUAUUUUAAAAUCAGGCUAAGAAAUCUUGUAAAUAUAUCUCUUAAGUCAUUGUUUAUUUCCAACCAACUUGUCUGUUGUGUACUUUUGUAGAAGGACUGCUUCAUGUGUUUCACCGUUACAUGUGAAUGUUUGUAAGAAUACUGAAUGGAUGAUGAUAAUGACACUCAUUGCCAUCAUAAGGAUGUGAAGAUACUGUUGGCCCAGGUGGGAGUUUGCAGAACAGAAUGCAUACAAGGGAAAUGCAAUGUUACUGGUACGUUGUUUUUAUCAUUCUACUAUUUCCUCUGGUAACUGGAUUAAUAAUAAAACAUAUUAAAUUAAUUUAA